GGGGAGAAAAGGUAAACAAACAAGGUGCAGCAGGCCUUGUUUGUUGCUGUCGCAGCAGAAAGAGAAAACAAAGCUCGAAGAACAUUAUUGCCCGCUGAAUGGCCGCCCGUUAUCAGCGAUAGAAUGACGAGAAUUCUUGUCCGGGGGAACCUGUUACUGCUGUUACGCUGACCGCGGCCGCAGAGCAGAGUCAUGUGAUCCGCCGCACAAUCGAAGCCACACAAAUUUCCUGCCUUUUAUUUUCGUCCAAGGAACGUUAUUCAAGACCGAGUUUUUGUUUAAUACGCCAGCAAAAUGUUGGGCCAGUGGCGAGUGUGGAUCCAGCCCGUGAUCAUGAUCCUGUACGCGGUCAUUUUGAUCGUCGUCAUCCCCUUCAUCGUCAACAACACCAUCAAUAAUGGCUUUUCGGCCUCCGACCAGAGCAUCGUGAUCGGCGGCGUUUUCGUGAUGAUGUCGCUGCCGAUCUCGUUCUGGGACAUCACGCAGCACCUGGCGCACUUCACCAAGCCGUACCUGCAGAAGCACAUCGUGCGCAUCCUCUGGAUGGUUCCGAUCUACGCGGUGAACGCGUGGGUCGGCCUCGUCUUCCCUUCGGCCUCGAUUUACUUUGACAGCAUCCGCGAGUGCUACGAGGCCUACGUCAUCUACAAUUUCAUGCGAUACCUGCUCAACUACCUGCAGAACGAAAUCGACGACUACGAAAUGUCCCUCCACAAUAAGACGCAGGUGAAUCACUUCUUCCCGCUGUGUUUUUUGCCGCCGCGCGAGAACGGCGCCGACCUGUUUCACUUCUGCAAACACGGCAUCCUGCAGUACGUGGUGGUGCGGCCGCUGUCGACCUUCGUGUCGUUCGUCUGCGAGAUCAACGACGUGUACGGCGAGGGUGACUUCACCUUCACCAGGGCGUGGCCCUACCUGAUGCUGGUCAACAAUUUCUCGCAGUUCGUUGCCAUGUACUGCCUCGUGCUCUUCUAUCGCGCCAACCACGAGGAACUGCAGCCCAUGCGUCCGCUCGGAAAGUUCCUCUGCAUCAAGGCUGUCGUCUUCUUUUCCUUUUUCCAGGGUGUGAUAAUCACGAUCCUGGUGUACGUGGGCGUGGUUGCGGCCGUUUUCGGCACGACGGACAAGCAGAGCACGAAGGAAGUGUCGUCCAACAUGCAGAACUUCCUGAUCUGCAUCGAGAUGUUCCUGGCGGCGAUCGCGCACCACUUCACCUUCUCGCACGCGCCCUUCGUGGACGCCGAGUCGGAGCAGCGCUCGUGCUGCGAGUCGUUCCUGCACAUGUGGGACGUGUCCGACGUGCAGCAGGACAUCCAGGAACACUUUGGCGUGGUCGGCAACUCGCUGAGCAGGCGCAUCAGAGGCACCACCGCCUACCAGCCCAUUGGCGAGCGUUCCAGGCUCAUUUACGCCUCGGCCAGCGACUCGGACACCAGUCACGGACACGCCUCCGGCAGCGCCACCGAGGAACCCGCUGUCCCCUACUACCACAGCUUGGCCUAAAGGUAUCUGGCGAAGAAUUUAAAGAGUCGAACGACCUUCUACCGAAUUUUCAUCCCUCGAGGGAUGCUGGAUAGUGAUAAUGCCGGUUGUCUGGCGAAGAAAAGUAAUUUCCCGGACCUGAAACAAACUGCGAGCCAACAUGUUCUGCGAGCUGUGAUGAAAAACAUUGGUUCUCUAGUGUUUAUGAGCGCUCUAUUUUUAUACCACGAGCAGAGAGAGCGCCUCGAUCGAAUUUACGAAAGUGAUUUCAGCCGUUGAAAGCGGUAAAAUUAUAAUUAUUUGUAUUUAAUCCAAGCAACAUACUCUGAUCAUUUGAAAAACCGACUGAUAUUCGCUUUUGUUCGUAUUAUUUUCUGAAUGUGUAAUUUUUAAAUAAAUAGCUGACAGGGCGAUUGACGAUAAUAAUUGAAACUCGA